AUGGCUACUGAGGACUUGUACGGCAUGGAGUCCGGGGCUACGAAAAAGAAGAAGAACAAGCGCCGCCAUCGUCGUCCCAAGCCUAAUCCGAGAAUCCCAACUGACCUCCUUGCCCUUUUGUGCUGGGAUUCUUGGCUCCCGUGGCCGAUUGAUUCCAAGAAAACCCACAUUGACAAGACAUCGCGCAAGCACAAGAGGUCUAGGAAGAAAACAUCCCACUCAGGCACCUCACAUCGUGUGCAAUCUUGGGUUCGGGAGGUGUCUGCUCAAGUGACGCCCUCCGCGCCCCCGAUACCUCCAACUAUGCCAUCUCCAGCACCAUCAACUCCCCUUUUACAUCCAGUUUCAACAUCCUCCGGGCCUCAGCAAGGAACCCAGGCUGAAGAGGCUGCUUCGAAUAACGGUAAGAAUGUGGAUAGAGGUGCACUCACAUCAUGUAAUGCUAACCUUGGUGAAAAGGGCGAACCAAAGAUAACAGUUCACGCAACUGAUCAGUAUAUGCAAUGGGACAGCAGCGAGACCUUUGGUCGACGAAGAUCCGAGACACAAGCGGGUGGUUGA